AUGCAAUGUACCAAUUCCACAUGCAUCACCAUUUCAAGUUCAAUUAUUGCAACAACUGAAUCAACAGCAGCAGCUAUUGCAACAACUGCCACAACAAUUGCAGCAGCAAUUGCAACAACAAUUGCAGCAGCCAUUGCAACAAUUGCAAUUACAAUUGCAACAGCUGCAACAACAAUUACAGCAGUCAUUGCAACAAUUGCAACUACAAUUAAUGAUGGGCAAGUUGCUGUUGUCGGUAAUGGUGGUACUCAAGCUGCUGUUCUCAGUCAUGGUGGUGGUCAAGCUGCUGGUGUCGUUCGUCGUGGUCGUGGUCAAGCUACUAUUGUUGUUCAUCGUGGUCGUGGUCAAGCUACUAUUGUUGUUCGUCGUGGUCAAGUUGCUGUUGUGAUUCGUCGUGGUCGUGGUCAAGCUCCUGUUGUUGGUCACCGUCGUCGUAUUGUUGGUCAUCGUGGUCGUGUUGUUGGUCAUCGUGGUCGUGUUGUUGGCGCUCGUCGUAUUGCUGGUGGUUAA